UGUCUGGGGCGGGGGUGCAGUGACUCCGGGGCCCCAGCUCGCUCUCAGACACUAGCCACCAGCCCUGGCAUGUGGGUCAGAGUAUCCACCACCUCGGUCAGAGGCUGGGGGAACGGGUCACCCUGGUCCCCACUGGCUGCGCCCCUCAGUGCUGGCCUCUGGCCUCCUCUGUUCCCUUCUCUCCUUUCCUGGCCAAACGCUGCUGGCUUUGGCCCCUGCUUGCUGCCUCUGCAUCUCACAAACUCUGGCCGGUUUGGGGAGCCAGGAGGUGCUCACCGAGCUUGGGGCCAGGCUCACGGCUUUAUAGGAGGACACUGCCCGUUGGCCGCAGCCUGAUGGUCACUGCCUGGAUUGCUGCCAAAGCCCUUUAGGAUUCUUUGAGAUGUUGGGGGCAGAGAGAGCUGAGCCUCGCACUAGUCUUUCAGGCCUCUCCUCUGAAAUAGCAGUCAUUCAUCUGUGGGCUGGCCUGCUUUUGAAGGGUAUCAAUGCCAAAGGCUGCUUAUAAUGGGUUUCUUCUGCUGUCAAAAUCUCUCAAGCAUGAAAACAAAUUAAUAAUACACAAGUUUAACAGAGGUUUGAAAUUCCAUUAAAUGCAUGACCACUUCUGCUGUGCCACAACACUGCAAACUGCUCCAAUCCUGCUACUCUGGAAUCUUUCUGUUAGGUCUUUAUUUGACCCUCAUGAGGAUAACUUAAAAUAGUAGGAGAAUUGGCAUCUUACGGCAAAGGUUGACACUAGCGGACAGUCCAGAACAUGCGGUAACUUGAGCCUAUCCUCUUCAAUCUGUAGGCCCUCUUACAUUUUCUUGUUCAAAUCUUUAUUGAUGUAGACUAAUCUUUGAGUGGGAUAAGACUUGUGAGAGGUUUAUGUGGAGAGAGCCCCUGUUCAAAUUUUCAAUUGUGGACUCACGUAGUGUUCUGUGGUUUGGAGUAGGUGUGUUGUGAUAUGAGGUUGGAGUGCAUCACAGAGUGGCGGAAGAGUCAGCCUAACCAAGGUUCAGGCAAACCUGGGUGGUGGUGUGAAGCUGAAGGAGAAAUACUUUGCACUUAUUUUUAAGUAGCAAUGACCUUCCAUGACAGGUUUUGAGAAGUCAAGUGUGUUCAGGGUCUUCCUUCUGAAGCUAUGUCCUUUCUGGAGCACUGUGUGCUGUCGUCUUUGCUGAGAAGAUCAGUAAGGUUAGAGACCGAGCCUUUCUCUAUGCCAUGGCCUGCUUCCUACAUAGUAUGGCUAUAGUGAAGGAAGAGGGCCCUUCCCUCCACUUUGAGUGGCAGGGAGCAACAGUUUGGGGCCCCUUUAGCUCCCCGGGAACAAUAGUGGAGUUCCACUCCUGUUGGGAGGAACAGCCAUGGCAGUAGGGGUCCUUCUGCCUUGGCAGAGAGGAAGGAAUGGCAACUAGGGGUGGUGGUUACCCUACCAGUGAGGGCGUCUCUGUCUGAGGCGAAAAGUGUGUCCAGCCACUCUUUCCCCUUACAUAUGGACCUUCUCUAGUCUAGGAUUUAAAGGUAUGAUAUUAACAUGUUGGGUAACAUUACACUCUUAAAUCCUAGUCUAGACAGGGCCACACAGUUCUCUGCUGGAGUGGUGUUGGUGGGGACUCCAAAGCUUUGGGUCAUGGAGCUCACUACCCCAUUGAGAUGCCUGAAGCAGUUCCCCUCCUGAUCUAAUAGAGACUCUGCAGAUUCCAGCAGACAUCACUGCAUGUACUACUCAUGUCACCUUUUUUAGGCCUUCCUGACCAGCGAAGGGAUUGAAGCUUGAGGAUUAGGAAGCAGUCUUCAUUCUGUCCUUAGCUCCCUCCCCACCCUCUUGAUUAUCAGCUGGUGCCCCCAGGGGUUGGAGACUGAUGUAGCCAGCAGUCUGGAACGUACAGCAUUGUAAGGGCUAAGUCUCAUCACAUCCAACUAAUUAAUUUUAGCAAUGACACCAUUCCCCUCCCAGCUAGUGCAGAUGGAUUAAUUGCACACUGGAGGUGCCUGUUUGAAAUGGCACUGGAUGCUGUGCUCCCCCCGCCCCCUCUCAGGGUGCCUUCCAAUAUCGCUGGCUUCUGUCCCCACCCAGUCUAAAGUCUUCUUCCUCCAGCCCUGGCACCUUUCACUAGUACUGCUAUUACAUUCCUGGGUUCGUUCAUACAGCGCUAGUCCCAUCCCACCCACCCUGGUCUCUUUUCAAUAGCAUCAGCCCUGGCUUGCUCCCCAUUGUGGGUUCUUUUUUAUCCUGGUUUGUACAUGAUGAUUCCAGAGCGGGAUGGUCGGCCACCCAGACUGUAAUGUCGUCGCUGACGACCUCCCAUGAGGGCGCAAGCUCCACUCCCAGGUUUUUUGUUGGUACCAGAGAUGAUGAGACAGACUUUCUGGGAUCAAACAUGAAGACAGACGAGAUUGAUUUCUUUGAGGAUGAUGAGGAGUCAGAGUCGCCUCCAGAACGGCAGAUUGUGGUUGGAAUCUGUGCCAUGACCAAAAAGUCCAAGUCAAAGCCCAUGACCCAGAUCCUGGAACGUCUAUGCAAGUUUGAGUACAUCACAGUGGUAAUCAUGGGAGAAGAUGUCAUUCUGAAUGAGCCAGUGGAGAACUGGCCUCCUUGUGACUGCCUCAUUUCCUUCCACUCUAAAGGAUUCCCUCUGGAUAAGGCAGUUGCUUACGCCAAGUUGUGCAAUCCGUUUCUGAUUAAUGACCUUGAUAUGCAGUAUUACAUCCAGGACAGGCGAGAAGUAUACCGGAUCUUGCAGGAGGAAGGCAUAGACUUGCCCCGCUACGCUGUGCUCAAUCGAGACCCUGACAAGCCGGAUGAGUGCAACCUAGUGGAGGGAGAGGACCAAGUGGAGGUGAAUGGAGCCGUUUUCCCAAAGCCAUUUGUAGAGAAGCCAGUCAGUGCGGAGGAUCACAAUGUUUAUAUUUACUACCCAACUUCGGCAGGUGGGGGCAGCCAGAGGCUCUUCCGGAAGAUUGGUAGCCGGAGCAGUGUUUACUCCCCUGAAAGCUGUGUACGGAAAACGGGCUCAUACAUUUACGAGGAGUUCAUGCCUACAGAUGGCACUGAUGUCAAGGUGUACACAGUUGGGCCGGAUUAUGCCCAUGCGGAAGCCCGGAAGUCCCCUGCUCUGGAUGGGAAAGUUGAACGGGACAGUGAGGGGAAAGAAAUCCGCUAUCCGGUCAUGCUGACUGCCAUGGAGAAGUUAGUUGCCAGGAAAGUCUGUGUUGCCUUUAAGGCAUCCACUUCUGCCGCAAUCUGUCACCCCAUUGGUCCUGACACCCCUGAGACCGAGCAGACAGUGUGUGGGUUUGACCUUCUGCGGGCGAAUGGCCACUCCUUUGUCUGUGAUGUGAAUGGGUUCAGCUUUGUGAAGAACUCCAUGAAGUAUUAUGAUGACUGCACCAAAAUUCUUGGGAAUAUAAUCAUGCGGGAGUUGGCUCCCCAGUUCCAGAUUCCCUGGUCCAUCCCAACAGAGGCAGAGGAUAUUCCCAUUGUCCCCACAACUUCAGGCACCAUGAUGGAGCUGCGCUGUGUUAUUGCAGUGAUACGACAUGGAGACCGCACCCCCAAGCAGAAGAUGAAGAUGGAGGUUAAACACUCUAGGUUUUUUGAAUUAUUUGAGAAAUAUGAUGGCUACAAGACAGGGAAGCUGAAACUGAAGAAACCAGAGCAGCUGCAGGAAGUGCUGGAUAUUGCGCGCCUGCUAGUGGUGGAGUUGGGAACUCACAAUGACUGUGAGAUAGAGGAGAGGAAGUCCAAAUUGGAGCAGCUAAAAACUGUCCUGGAGAUGUAUGGACACUUCUCUGGCAUUAACCGCAAGGUGCAGCUAACCUACCUGCCUCGUGGACACCCAAAAGCUUCUAGUGAAGACGAAGAUGCCCGUAAGGAGCCCUCCCCAUCUCUGCUACUGGUGCUGAAAUGGGGUGGAGAGCUGACCCCAGCAGGAAGGGUCCAGGCAGAAGAGCUUGGUCGGGCCUUUCGCUGUAUGUACCCUGGAGGCCAAGGUGACUAUGCUGGCUUCCCAGGGUGUGGCCUGCUCAGACUGCACAGCACCUACCGUCAUGACCUCAAGAUCUAUGCUUCAGAUGAGGGCAGGGUUCAGAUGACGGCAGCAGCUUUUGCAAAGGGUCUCCUGGCUCUGGAGGGAGAGCUAACCCCCAUCUUGGUGCAAAUGGUUAAAAGUGCCAAUAUGAAUGGGCUGUUGGACAGCGAUAGCGACUCGCUGAGCAGCUGCCAGCACAGAGUGAAGGCACGACUGCACGAAAUCAUGCAGAAGGAUGCCAAGUUCUGCGAGGAGGAUUAUGAAAAGUUAGCACCUACAGGCAGCAUCUCUCUGGUCAGCUCCAUGACUUUCAUCCAGAACCCAGUAGAGAUCUGUGACCAGGUGUUUGCCUUGAUUGAGAACCUCACUUCCCAGAUAUGCAAACGUCUGGAAGAUCCCAAAUCUGCAGACCUGCAGCUGUACCACAGCGAGACUUUGGAGCUGAUGCUGCAGCGCUGGAGCAAGCUGGAGAGGGAUUUCCGCAUGAAGAAUGGGCGCUAUGACAUCAGCAAGAUCCCUGAUAUCUAUGACUGCAUUAAAUAUGAUGUACAACACAAUUGUACCCUGAAGCUGGAGGGCACUGCUGAACUCUUCAAACUCUCCAAAGCCUUGGCAGAUGUGAUCAUACCCCAGGAAUAUGGGAUUAAUAAGGAGGAGAAGCUGGAGAUUGCUAUUGGCUUCUGUCUUCCUCUCAUCAAGAAGAUCCAGUUGGACCUGCAAAGAACCCAUGAGGAUGAGUCUGUCAACAAGCUGCACCCCUUGUACUCAAGAGGAGUCCUGUCCCCAGGUCGCCAUGUCCGGACACGGUUAUACUUUACCAGCGAGAGCCACGUACAUUCCCUGCUCAGCAUCUUCCGCUAUGGUGGGCUCUUGGAUGAGUCCAAGGACCAGCAGUGGAAGAGAGCCAUGGACUAUUUGAGUGCUAUCUCAGAACUGAACUACAUGACCCAGAUUGUUAUCAUGCUCUACGAAGACAACAACAAGGACCCAUCUUCAGAGGAGCGUUUUCAUGUGGAGCUGCAUUUCAGCCCAGGUGUGAAGGGAUGUGAGGAAGAUGGAAGUGCCCCUACAGGGUUUGGCUUUCGGCCUGCAUCAGCAGAAAAUGAUGAUAAGAAGCCAAACCAGGGCAGCAUGGAGGAUCUCUCCAAAGUGAAGAGCAUUGAUGAGACAGACCAAGCACAAGAAAGGUCACCCCAACCGUCUGAGCCAAUCUGCAUUCAGCGGAGAUCGCCCUUGAUCCGCAACCGGAAAACUGGGUCCAUGGAGGUGCUGUCCGAGUCCUCUUCCAAAACUGGAGGGUAUCGCCUCUUCUCCUCCUACUCCAGACAAUCUACUGAAAUGAAGCAAAGUGGCCUAGGGUCGCAGUGUACAGGACUAUUUAGCACUACUGUGCUCGGAGGCUCCUCCAGUGCCCCAAACCUUCAGGACUACGCACGCAGCCAUGGCAAAAAGUUCACCGCCAGCCUGACAUACAAAGAUGAGCUCUUGUCUAUGCCAGCCGUAAAACGAUUUUCUGUGUCGUUUGCAAAGCAUCCGACUAAUGAUGUGCUUGAACACUGCCGUGUUGUCCCGCUGCUGUGCCGUUUUCCCUCUGACUAUGCCAUGAGACAGAACAUCUCCUUGGAUGCCACUCUGGCCCACCACCUACAUCAGUGUUCCUACCACCUGCGUCUCUUCAGGAGCUGGCUGAUCUCAGGCCAGGAUGACUUGGAGUGCCUCUACGGUUUUGAAGGCUGCUCCAUGGUUCCCACCAUUUACCCACUGGAGACCCUACACAACUCCCUCUCUUUGCGACAGGUCAAUGAGUUCCUGACGUCUGUGUGCAGGUGUUACAGCAACUUGCACUCUCGAGCAUCCACAGCUCUGUUUGAUUCUGUGAUUGCAAGCCAGACACCCGGUGACCCCUUCAUGCCACAGAGAAUCCUCUCGUCUUCAUCUCUGCCACUGCGCCAGCGCUCGGACAAACCACCGUGGUCUCUUGACCAUCAUAAACCCCAGGCCACUGGACAAAGCGAGAAGGCUCUGUGUGCCAAAAAGGUGAGGCUGAGGAAGGCCACGGAGGUGAGUAGGUGGGAUUCUCACCCUGGCAGAUUGCACAGCAGCCCUUCUGCCCCGUUCUUGUGCCACUGUCAGGACUCCCAGAUCUAAAAAACCCUCCCAGGUGAUUUGUGUAGGGAGACAGACUCCUCCCUCCUCUGACAUAUCUGCUGACCUAUCUGGGGCAGGGCCAGGCAGGUGUGAACCCUUGCAGUCUGGAUCCUGGAGUCUAGUCCUGCCAAUGUAGCAUAAGAUGUGGGUUCUCGAGGUUUCAGGGGCUAUUAGGUUUUUAUUUUCUCUGAGCUUAGCAGCCUAGCUACUUCAGGAGAUGCUGAUGAAAAAUCAGUAUUCUUCAAGUGGCACUGCCUAUUCCCACUUACAGAUAUUGCCUCACCUGUUGGCACCCAACGGCAGAACCUUCUCUAAGCAAUGCUCAUGAGAGCACACAUGCCCUCUUAGACCCUUCCUCUCAGAGUAGCUGUGUAAGGGAACAGCUGCUGUGCCAGAUGGAAUUGAACCACUCUGGUCUCAUGUUAGUUUACAGUUUAGUUUUUAGUAUAAAGCAGUUUAAGUACAGUAUAGUUAUGGCUAGGGCUGUCAAGCGAUUAAAAAAAAUCGUGAUUAACUGCGCAAUUAAUUGCACUGUUAAACAAUAAUAGAAUAUAAUUGAUUUAAAUAUUUUUGGAUGUUUUCUACAUUUUCAAAUAUAUUGAUUUCAAUUACAAGACAGAAUGCAAAGUGUACAGUGCUCGCUUUAUAUUUUUUAUUACAAAUAUUUCAUAGAAUCAUAGAAUAUCAGGGUUGGAAGGGACCUCAGGAGGUAUCUAGUCCAACCCCCUGCUCAAUGCAGGACCAAUUCCCAGCUAAAUCAUCCCAGCCAGGGCUUUGUCAAGCCUGACCUUAAAAACCUCUAAGGAAGGAGAUUCCACCACCUCCCUUGGUAACCCAUUCCAGUGCUUCACCACCCUCUCAGUGAAAAAGUUUUUCCUAAUAUCCAACCUAAACCUUCCCCAUUGCAACUUGAGACCAUUACUCCUUGUUCUGUCAUCUGGUACACUGAGAACAGUCUAGAUCCAUCCUCUUGGGAACCCCCUUAUGUGCACUGUAGAAAACAAAAGAAAUAGUAUAUUUCAAUUCACCUAAUAAAAGUACUCUAGUGCAAUCUCUUUAUCAUGAAAGUUAAACUUACAAAUGUAGAAUUAUGUACAAAAAAUAACUGCAUUCAAAAAUAAAACAAUGUAAAACUUUAGAGCCUACAAGUCCACUCAGUCCUACUUCUUGUUCAGCCAAUAGCUCAGACAAACAAAAUUGUUUACAUUUACAGGAGAUAAUGCCACCUGCUUCUUAUUUACAACCUUACCUGAAAGUGAAAACAGGCGUUCGCAUGGCACUGUUGUAGUUGGCGUUGCAAGAUAUUUACAUGCCAGAUGUGCUAAAAAUUCAUACGUCUCUUCAUGCUUAAACCACCAUUCCAGAGGGCGUGUCCAUGCUGAUGAUGGGUUCUGCUCAGUAACGAUCCAAAGCAGAUCGGACCAGUGCAUGUUCAUUUUCAUCAUUUGAGACAGAUGCCACCAGCAGAAGGAUGAUUUUCUUUUUUGGUGGUUCAGGUUCUGUAGUUUCUGCAUCUGAGUGUUGCUCUUUUAAGACAUCUGAAAGCAUGCUCCACAUCUCCUCCCUCUCAGAUUUUGGAAGGCACUUCAGAUUCUUAAACCUUCAGUUGAGUGCUGUAUUAUCCUUAGAAAUCUCACAUUGAUACCUUCUUUGUGUUUUGUUAAAUCUACUGUGAAAGUGUUCUUAAACGAACAUGUGCUGGGUCAUCAUCCGAGACUACUGUAACAUGAAAUAUGUGGGUAAAACAGACCAGGAGACAUACAAUUCUCCCCUAAGGAGUUCAGUCACAAAUUUAACUAAUGCAUUUUUUUUAACGAGCAUUAUCAGCAUUAAAGCAUGUCCUCUGGAAUGGUGGCCGAAGCAUGAUGGGACAUAUGUAUGUUUAGCAUACCUGGCACGUAAAUACCUUGCUACACCAGCUACAAAAGUGCCUGCAGGACCUACUUUACUCAUACACAUCCUGUAACUAACUCAGUUAGUGGCUGCUGCCAAUAACAGGUUUAGGUCUGGCCAAGCUCACUCUUCUCCUGUUGCUAAAGGGAGAAAAAUUGAUAACGCUCCUGCCAUGCAUUACAUGAGCAAGGAAGGGAGCUUCAUUCUUUCCAGUUAUAUACCAAGGUGGUCAGAUUAUGCAAUUGGUGCACUCUUCAUGAGAUCUAUCUAAUGGCCCUGCAUUUAGCAGGCAAGAGCAAUGUACUAGCAGAUUGCUUCAUCAGGGUCAGUUCUCAGAUUCACGAGUGGUCCCUGAACAAUCCAGGUAUGCAAGACAUCUGUUGGUGUUAGCCCGAUGUAGAUCUCUUUGACAGCCAGUCAGUCCAUUUCAGAUGCCUUCCUUCUAUGUUGGGGAAGGAGCCUUCUGUAUACCCCCCACCACCACCUUUAUUCAGAAAGUGGUGACAAAGAUUUGUCAGGACAGGGCAAAAAUUAUAUUGAUUGCCUCAGCUUGUCUGAGACAGCAGCGGUACAUGAAUCUGCAUCAGCUGUCAGCUGGACUUUACAUGCAUUUUCUUCUGUCUCCGGAUCUCUUCUCACAGCAACAAGGCAGGAUCUUUUAUCCAGAUCCUCAGUCUCUUCAUCUUAUGGCCUGGGCUGUCGGACUUUGGCUACUCUUAGCAGUCAUGUUCUCACUGGUAUAGAAUGUACUACUUAAUUCUAGAAAAUUGCCUAUUAAAAAGUGUUACUAUUUAAAAUGAGCUAGAUUUGUUGCUUGGAUGCAGGGAAAAUACGAUUUCCCAGUUACAGCUUCCAUACCCUGUGUAUUAGAAAUUUUAUAUACUUAAAAUCUGAGGGGACGAGGCCUAAUUCUUCUUUAAAAGUUCACUUGGUAGCUAUUUAGUCUACCUAAUUUUGGUCGAUAGUAUAUCACUGUACAUGAUUCUGUUAAAAGAUUUAUGAAAGGAUUAUCUAACAGAUCUCCACCUUUAAGGGAUCCAGUCCCAUUUUGGGAUCUUAAUCUGAUCUAAUCUAUGUUUGAGGUCAUCCUUUGAACCACAGGUGAAGUGUUUCAUAUUUUAUUUCUGUUAAAAUGGUCUUCACUAUUGCUAUAAUGUCAGCCAGAAAGGUGGGCAAAUUGCACACCCUGAUGGCUGAGCUGCCCUUUAUGAUUUUUCAUAAAGGUGGUUUGUAGAUCUGAUCCUAGGUUUUUACCAAAAAUAGCCACUGUUUCAUAUCAGACAACUGUGAUACAUUGUACCUCAAAAUAACACCCUGAAACCCCCCAUAUUCACCACGUGUAUAUGGUUCUGAUAUAUGUUGUUCAAAGUAUGUCUUGUGAGUUGUCAUUUGAAAAAUCAUAAUUUGCUUUACAUCAUUGUCCUGUAGGGUUUGGCCUGGAGUCUCCUGGAACUGGCAUCGAUCUCCUGGUGCCUGUUGAAAGCAAUCUGGGAGACUUGAAUAGGAUAUUUUAAGAAAAUGACAUUACAUCAUGUUAGGGGGAAAAUAUCUCCCAGAAUAGCUUGAGUCAGAGUUGGCAACCCUACUGUCCUGUUAAAAUGUGUGCAUCGUUAUUGUAUAUGAAGUUAUGAAAUUUUACUGUAUGCUUGUUACUGAAAUGUGUGAUGGGUCUAGGGAAUGCCCACAGAGUAGCUCCUUAGAAAUAACAAAAAGAAUUGUAAACAAAGGCCUUGCAUGGCACUCAAGCGUCACAUACGCAAAAGGUGUGGGCAAGAAAUACAAUUCACCUGAGAGCUGCUUUGAAUCUCAUGGACCCAGGAAACUGAUUGUCUGUACCCCAGCUGGGUGGUAUUCCUAAAAGCAAGGAGAAGGGUAUAAAAUAAGAGACUGUGACAUCACCUUUUUACCUCUUUCCUCCCCCCUCUUGACACCUGGAAACAAGAUCAUUUGGAAGACAAAGAGGAGCAUAAUUGAACUGGGGGACAGGCGAUUCACAUCACAUUUCAGUAUAUCAUUUUUUACCCAAAUCCACGUGCUAAGGGUAGUUACAUACUUUAGGUGCUAGAAGGGUUCUUGCAUAUUUAAAUAGAAGUCAGUUUUAGGAAUUCAUCUAGAUUGGUUGUUUCUUAUACGAAGAAGUCAGAGUUUGCCUGCUCAGCUAUUUCCAGUUGGGUGAAAAAAUGCAUCACUUAGUAUUACAAAUCAGCAGAAAUUCCUGAGUCUUCUGUUGUACAGUCUUAUUCUACUAGAGCUGUAGCUACAUCUUUUGUUUGUAUUAAAUGUGUUCCUAUUAUGGAAAUUUGCAGGGCUGCUACCUGGAAGUCAAUGCACACAUUCACUAAGCACUAUGAGCUGGAUCUAGCUUCUAGAGCAGCAGAUGCCAAGUUUGGCAGAGUGGUGCUUCAAUCAUUAUUUAAUUAGGACUCUGUUCCCAGCUCUGGGCUUUUUCAGUACUGCCUGUUGCUUCUCAAACUAGCUGUAAGUGGGAAUAUGCAGAGCCACUCAAAGAAGAAAUGAAGUUUACUUUUAAGCUGAGUUCUUUGGGAUGACUCUACAUAUUCACAUUUCCUGCCCCUAUUUUUCUUAGUCUUAUUAUGGUCUCUCUGGGUUAGCAGUAAAUGAACUGAGGCGAAAGAGGAUGCAGCACCCCCUUAUAUAGCCUCACCUCAAUGUUUGGAAGUUCUGAGAGGAGGAGGAAGUGGGGCGCAUGUACCCGGCAAUGGGCACUGGUUGGAGAAGGUUCUGCUAUUAGACCCUAACAAAGCUGCAAUACCCAACUGGGAAUAUGCAGAGUCACCUUUGAAGAACUCCUAUUACCAGCAUAGGAGCCACAUAGCGGGGCAUGCAGGGUCAAGUGCUUUCCUAUUUUCUGCUUGGCCUGCUGGGGGGGAGGGAGAGGGGCACCGUCCUUCUCUCACUGUGCCAUUGUAAGAGUGCUUGUGUAGCUGUGUCUCCCACUAACCUAGCACUAUGCACACAAGCACUUAUGCUGACAAAAUUCAUGUCGCUCAGGGAUGUGUUUUUUCACAUUCCUCAGCCACAAAAGUUUUGCCAACGUAAGUGCUAGUGUAGACGUGGCCAAAGUAACCUUCAUAUAUUCUGGACAAGGAGUAGCAAGUCACUAGCGGCUAGGAUAAAAAUUCGCCCCAUUGGGUUCUGAUAUGCAAACCAUAGUUUUAUGUACACCUAAGCUUGUAUCCAUGCUAGAGCCUAAGUCUGAUAUGUUACAAGAUCUAACUGGUCCACUUAUUUAUUCUGCAUCCCUGUUCUUUGUAGCAAGAGUGCAGUUGUGGUACUCAGUGAUAGCUUCAUCCGGGAGUAAGUUUGCAUGGGGGACGCUAUCUAUAAUGGAUCAGUACUGCACGUUUCACAAGGACAUGAAGUUCUUUAGAGUUCUGGAAUCCCGACCAAGCUUUUAUCUAGGGUUGACAGGGCUCAUUAAUUAGUACUUCCUUCUGUCUGGUCCCAUGGCACCCCAAGGAGAAAUGAUGGCCAAAUCUCGCUGCGACAGGGGCAAUUAAAAUGUCUACCAACAGGAGAAAGUAAUUCAGAAAAUCUGUGAAAGAAGGUGACUAUUCCAUAGCCUAAGGGUCCUACUCCAGACUUCAAAUUAUGCACUACAAGACCAAUAGCAUCACUCUCUUUCGGGAAUGUACCUGUGGGGAAAAAUGUGCAGAGCAGAUACAUGGGUUUUGAGCUAUCUGUUUGUUUAUGGCCCACUUAUAAUUUUUUGGACUUGGUGGAUAUAGUAUUUGAUAGUGGAGUCCAAGAGUCUGCAGAAGGGUUUAAAUAAAUAAAAGCAUGUAA